AUGGGCUGCAGCUGCAGCAAAAACGAUGCGUUGGAGCCGGGCCGUCCUGGGCUGCCAACAUUGCUGGUGGCUGUGCCGAAACACAGCGAACCAUCAGACCCCAAAGGAAAGAAGGACGCUGAGAAGGCUCAGGAGAAGGCUCAGAAGGCAGAGAGAGCUGUCGAAGUUUCAUGCCAUGCCUCUGCAGGUGCGAAGUGGCAUUUGGAGCUGCUGGCUGUGAGCGCCGAGCUGAAACAAAAGCUGCAAGAUCCUCAGUUCGUGGCGACCCGCUGCGACUUGGAUGGCUCUGGUGAUCUCGAUGCACACGAGCUGAAGCAGGCGGCUCGGGUCUAUGGCAUCUCGCAGAGCAGCUCCGAAAACCACGACGGCACCAAUCCUCGUCUCCUGGCUGGGCAACGCGUCAGCAAAGAAAGCUUCGCUGAAAUGGUGGCCUCUCAACGAAGCACCAAGCUGAUCAGAGCAGUCCCGCACUCUUUGCGUGGAAUGGCAUUGGGCCAGCUUCAACAUCUUGAAGCCUUGUUCGCCAGAACUGGAUGGCUCUCUGCACGAUGUGAAUCCUUCAACGCAAAGAAUGCCCAUGCCAUUGCCAAUCGCACGAAGUUCAGACAAGAUACCAAUCUUUAUGCCUUGGACACUUUUGUGGUGACUCCAAUGUCGAAGCCAGGCAUAUGUGGAGCCCGUGAACAUGAUGAGCAGCAGACCAUUGCCGAAGCACACGAUGCGAACUACGACAAGCUGACUUCAGAGAAGGAGGAGGCCUUGGUCUUUUGGAUAUGCCUCUUUGCGUUGAACCAGCAUGACUUGGCGGAGGAGGCUUCUCGGUUGAAGGACUUGCAGCGUCCCUUUGAACUGAUUUGCAGUGAGGGUUCCUUGUCCCAGCCUGAGAACGGUGGACACAAGGCUGUGAGCACGAAGAUGCUCGAAACCACAUGCCAGGCCUUGUGGAACGUGCCCACUGCCAAGGCUGAAAGCUCAGUAGCCAAGGACAAGUCAUUUUUCAUGAGCUGUGGAGACUUCGUAAGGCAUCAGCUUUGGCUAAAAGAACCGCGUGCUGCAGAAAUUGCACACACGGAUGUGGAACCUGUCACAUCCGUGCAUGCUGCAUGGAUGAAGCAAGGCCCUGUACAUGAUCCCAUGUCCUUUUCCACUGCGUGUGCUGCUGGCCAUGCCGGCCGCAAAUUGGCCAAAAGGUUUGACCUUGAUCAUGUUUUUUGCGUUUGUGGGGAAUCAUGGCCUUCAUGCCGACAUGUCACAUGGCAUUGUCCUGAUACCAGCUUACCUGCACACAAUUCACCGCCUGCCAAUGGCGUUGAAGAAAGGUUGUUGGUUCGAAGUGUUGCCCCUGCACCCUGGCCUCCAGACAGGGUGCCAGAAGACAUGCUUCCUCCAGUUGAAAUUUGCAAUACCUUCGCCUCGCAAGAGGUACAAUUUGAUGGCAGAAUUUUGGUCGCCACGGAUGGUAGCUCUCAUUCUUGUCAUUCGCUGAAGCGAGCCGCUUGGGGCAUCGCAACAGAGAAUCAUGUUUUUGCUUUUCCAAUGAAAGGUUGUGAUCAGAAUAUUUUUGCUGCCGAGACCUGGGCAGUAUUUCAAGCUUUGAAUGCGGCGCAUGUCACUGGUAGAAAUGUGCGUAUCUUGUGUGACUCACAAGCUGUUGUUUGCACAGCAGAGCGGGUCCGGCGUGGUGGGUCACUGCCGCCCUGGGCUUCUGGCAUUUGGCAAGCCAUUGCUUUUCUCAGUCCUGGAAGUGAGAUUUCUUGGGUCCCAGCGCACGGCCGUUCCAAAGGCUGGGCGCCUCCAGCUGGACAUUCAGCUGAUGUGUGGCGAAAUUACAAUGAUCGAGUUGAUGCGGCAGUUCAGGCUGCUGCCAAACCUGGAAUCGUUUCCUUGAGUGCUUGGGCUCGUGAAGUCCAAGAUGCCAUUGCAUGGAGUAGUUUUGCGCGUGCAAGACAGAAACAAGCUUUGCUCGACUUGCGGAGUCAUGUCGAGCCAUCAGACAAUAGCAAUGGUUUGAGCAUCGCUGGAUUGCUGUCAAGUUUUGCCCAGGGCCGUGUUUUUGAUAGCAAGCCAAAGCCGAAAAAGCCGAAAGCAAAGCGAAAGAAGCCGAGACAUGUCAUCGCCCCACCUUCUUUCGCUAAGCAGAGUGAUCCGAAUGCAGCCAGAACCCCAAAAGAAAAAGAAAGCACUGGCAAGAAAAGCACUUUGCAGCAGAAGCCUGCAAAGAAACCGUCGCAACCGACCUCUGCUCCACGCACUUUUGCCGAAGUUGCCAAAGCUGCCACAGGUGAUUUUGCUUUCCAGCCUGUUUGGCAGUUGCGAGCUGCAGAUUGGGAUGGUGAAAUUUUGACUUUCGAUGAGAUCGCUGAACGUAUGGGGGCUGAUGAGAAGCCCAUCAGAGUUGUCACCCUGAUGUCCAGCGAAUGUGAACUUGAUGAGCUCAAGGCACUGAUUCAAAGUGAGGCCAAGCCGGACCGCAAAAUUGGAGUCACAGUUGUCAUGGCCUCGACCAAAGGUGAUGUCCCGAAGCCUGAUGGGGAGAUCACACAGGUUCCUGGGAAAGUGCGUGGAAAGCUUGUUCCACGCUUGUCGCACGUCCUCACUCUCGGGGUCGAAUGUCCAAAGUUGAAGAAACAGGUUCGCACUGUCGCAACGGCACCUAGUGUUUCUCAGACGGUGGUUUUGAGAUUGUCGACAGAAGCCAAGUAUCAUCAGGAUCAGCACUGGCGUAGCAUUGUUGAUAACGCUGGGGGUGCUGCUCACAAAUGGAUUCAUGCCAAUGUCCCGGCUGCCAUGCAGAGGCAGAUUAGAGACAUUUGGAAAUGGCAACUGCAGUCCUCCAAAGGGGGGGGCAAGGCUCUGAUCACUGCCCUCAUGAGGGUUGAGCUCUCAGCUGCUAAGACUCUUUUGUCUUUGUCAGGUCAAGGAGCAUGGUUUAUCGAACCCUUACGUUGGGAUCAGCCUGACAUUCCAAGUUGUCAGGUACGCUGGGUGAAGCGACUACAUGAUGAGCCAGGUCAUGUUUACGCCACAAGAGUUCUGAGCAUGGUAGGCAAUUUAGGUUUGGCCAAGGGCUUGAAAAGUCUUGGAGUCAGAGUUCCGCAGUCCACUGACAAGAAAAGUGCAACCAGAAUCAAGACCUGGAAGGUCACAGGAGUCCCAAGGAGCUGGGGCCACGAAAGCCUCAUUCCUGAGCUUGAGGCUGCUGGUUUGAGCAAUUUACAACUUACGUCCAGAAAACCACAUGGGCGAACGACGUGCCUUUUCUUCACUGCUGAGUGCACACAGGAGAUUGAUUUUAUUGAGUUGGUUUUUGGCAGCACCACCGUUACAGCGUCUGCUUUCAACCCAAUGAAAUCGAUGCGCAGUGAAAUUCAACAGCUGAAUACUGUUUCGACACUGUCCUUUUCGCCAGCCACUUACAAUGUCGGUGGUUCUGCUGAGGUGAAGCCUGCGAGUCGCACUUCCUUUUAUGCUGCCUCUCCGGUUAAGGUCGUGCCAAAAGCUGCAGCGCCAUCUUUGCCUGAUGCGGCAUCUGCAACUGCACCAGCAAAGGAGACGCCAUCUGCAUCAGCCCCCGCUACCGUGGAGGCUUCGCAACAAGAUGCUCCUGGUGAUGCCGACAUGGGAUCGCCGUCAAAAACAGCCACCAAGAGAACUGUGGGAACGCCUGGGAAGGAUGUCAAGCCACCUCAGGCAAAGAAAAGAGCAAUUGUGAGAGAUGUUCCCAAAGGUCUUGUCAGAGUCCCGAACUCGGGACAAGGCAAUUGUCUGUUUGAAGCCAUCGCACAGGGCUUGAGCCAAGACAGGUAUCGACCUUGGUGGGAUAAUUUGACACCGAAUGAAGAGAUCUGUGACUCCUGGGAGGAGUACCUGACGUUAGUUGGUAAAAGUGGAGCCUAUGCAGGGUGCCUAGAGCUGGCGGCUGCCGCCGCCCACUUCGACCGCACCAUUUUUGUCUUUUGUCCUUUCCUUCCUGAGCCUGAAGCUUACAAUCAGUCCAGCACAAAAGGAUACAUAUGCCUUUGGUUUCAAGACAAGCACUAUGAGUGUUUGAAGGGUGAGCUGAACCCUGCUCUGAGAGCCAAUGCCGCCAAUGGCCCCAUGCAAGGUGGGCGCGGGGGUGGCAAGUCAGUGAGCUCUGCUCAGUCAGCGUCGGGAGCCACCAGGAGUUCUGCUAUGCCGCCCCGGCAAGGAUCCCGCGCUGCCAGUAGCAGUGGAGCGCUAACAAGGUUGUCAGCACUGCCACCCAUGCCGCCUAAUGGACCUGAGCGCAAAAGAGCUUGCUCGGCCGCCACGGCUGCCACCAACAAGUCACGUCGCCGUGACUCUUGCGACUUCCCAAGUGACAAGAUCAGCCUCAGUGCAGGGGCUGCCGAACAUGGGGAAGAUGAUGGCUGUGAGCCUCAGCCUGCUGAGGCAGCAGCGCGUGUGAAGAGACAAGACUGGACUUGCCCAAUUUGUGGAUUCUGGACGGGUGCAAAGAAGCAUUGGCCGAGUGUGAAGAAGGAUCACAUUCGCAAUUGGCACCCGGAGCUAGCCAGUCAGCUCAGCCUGAACCCUCGAUUGCCGAAACUCAUCCCUUACAACAAGGACACUUGCAGCUGGAAAUGCCCUUUUUGUGAUCUUGGCACCCCCAGCGAGAUCAAGAACUGUGAUUCGCUCAGAAAGAUGCGUUUGGACCAUGCUAAAGCCAUGCACCCUAAAGCGUCUCCGAAGCGUUUUCUCUUGAAACGUGGAAGCGCUCGCAAUGCGCAAAAGGCGACUUUGGCCAAGACUUCUGCAGGAAAUGCCAAGAAGUUUCUUGAUUUGAAGUGCGGUAAGCAGGGACUUCAUGACUGCGAAAUUCUGCAGAUGCCUUACACAGGCAAAGGAAAGCAGCGUAGGGUCUUCCUGAACAAGAUCUUUUGCAAAGUUUGUACUGCUCUGUCGCACAAUGCAGAAGCCAUGUCAAAGCUCCCAUGCGAAAGAACCAACAAAGGAGGACCCAAACGGGCUAUGCUGCUUGCCCGCCUGAAGAAGAUGCGUGUCCGUUUUUCGCCUGGCAGUGUUGAUCGACAGGCGCUGGAAGAUGUCAUCCAGAAACUGCAACCUGCGAGCCUGGCUUCCGAGGUUGCUACUGGCAACCAUGACACUGUUUCACUACAGUUGCCCGGCAAGCCACCCAAACCAUUUGUAUUUUGCAAGAUAUGUCGACGGGUUGCCAACCUUCGUGGCACCAUUCUGAAAGCAGCAUGCAAGGGCACUGUCACUUGGAGCCCAGCGCGUAUGAAGUUGGUGAGGUUCAUUGAGGCACAGAUGAAGCGAGCCAAAGGAAACCGUUUGCAGACAUUUAGUGAGCUCCUCAAGUUGCUCACAGGGAAAGCGGCGUCAGGUGCCCUCAAGAUUGGUACCUUGAAUGUUCGCGCCCUCCAAGGGAAAAUGGCUGAAGUGAUGAGUUUAGCCAACGAUCAUUCUCUGGAUAUCUUGUGUUUGCAAGAGGUUCGCCUGUCUGAGGAUAACAUGUUGUCAGCUCACCAUGCUGCCAAGCGAGGUGGCUGGACCUUUUUGCCCGGACCUUGUGCAAUCGAUUCGCAAGGGGCACCAACUGCAGGUGUUGCAGUGCUGAGCCGAUGGCCGGUUGAAAAGAAAGCUUUGCCUUUAGAUGUUGACAGUGAGCUGCUGCACCACAGAGGGCGAUGGCAAGUUUUGCAAGUGCAACGUCCGGCUAAUAGGCCUUUUGUGAUGGUCAACCUUUACCUGCACGCUUCGGAUAGGUCCUGUGCUUGCCGUUUAGGUCACUUACUCUUUGAACUUGUUGCAAAAAUGGGUGAGGAUUGCUUAUUCAUAGGUGAUUGGAACAAUGUGCCAGAUGAGGAACCUGCGCUCUCUCCACUGCGAGGGGGGCGGCUCCAUUUGGCUGAUGAUAUUGCUGGGCCUCUGCAGCUUCAGGCGCCCACGCGCACUGGGGGUAGGCACAUAGAUUAUGCGGUGCAUUCCAUUCGGUUAGUUCCCACAGAGCGGUGUCAGGUCCCAGGGGUUGCUGAUCACGACCUGGUGUUUUAUUCUUUUCCUUGCCUUGCAGAGGAAGCCUAUUUUCGAACACAACCUGCAAGGGCCUUGCUAGCCAGUGAGCCUAUUUCGGAUGAAGUUUGGAACAGUAAUUUUGAUUUGCCUCUUUUUCACGUUCUGUUAGAACAAAGACAGGUUGAAGAAGCCUGGGUUUUGCUGAGCAAUGCAGCUGAAACAUGCCUGCAGGCCAAGCCUGGGCGCAAACGCAGCUCUGUGCCAGCUCCUACGCAAGUGCCGCGGGCUCCUGUCAAGCCUCAAGCCUUACAAUCCACCUUGGAACGCAGACUGCGCAGAACCCACAGGCGGGUCAUGGAGUUGCAGAGGCCUGUCUGGCCCUGGACUCUGCUUAACAAAGUCCGUGGGCAGAUCCACAAAUUGACUAAAGCUUUCCCUGAGCUCAGUGAAUUUGAUGCUUUGUCUCCUGAAAUUGCUGAUGUCCUUCUUCAGUGCAUUCAGCGUGAGAGUGUCCGAUGCGUUCUCAUCCCCAAAGAUGUUGGCUUUAGGCCUAUCAGUGUUGCUUGUUUAGCAUGGCGCGUUGGGAUCAGCGCUUUGUUGCAACAAUUGUCGCCUUGGAUCGACCAGUGGGCACCGUCUGCACUAGUGGGUGGGUUGAAGGCGAGAAGUUCAGUCACCGUGCAUGAUGAUCUUCACAGUGCUCUGCAAGAGCGCACUCUGUAUGGCGCUAAGAUCGAUGUGGCCAAGUGUUUCGACCACGUGAACAUCGAACAAGCUUUGCUGGUAUGGGAAAGACUUGGCGCCCCUGCCAAGGUUGUACGGAUUUUGAGCCUUAUGGCUGUCUGGUGCAGGUAUGUGCAACAGCAAUCACCUAGAGUGCAACUUUCAGUGUACAUUGAUGACAGGACUCUGUGGUGCCAUGAGCGGCAACCGCUGCAAACCGCUUUAGAUGCAUCGCAACAUGUUGACGAGGUGUUAGGCCUUCGAUUGAAUCCUUCCAAAUGUGAACUUUUCUUCAAAUGCCGCGGAGCACAAUUGCAAGCUUUCCAAUCCUGGAAUAUCGCAUGCAACAGGAAGUGGAAAAUGUCUGCUCAGUUCAAGUUGUUGGGGGUGCAUUAUUUCUCGACGAAAGCACGCCGAAGACCAAUUGAGCCAACAGUUGUUGCGAAAGUGCAGGCACGCUUGAGACGACUCCGCACGGCCACUCACAAGUAUUGGUGCAAACGACGCUUGGUGAGAUCGCUUGUCCUUUCUUUGUUUUCGCAUACGGGUGCUUGGACCACCAUUCCGAAAAAGACCUUGCAAAAGUGGAGGUAUGCCAUUGAGACCACCAUGUUGGGAUACCCUCAAUCUGGAAGAUCCAGAUAUCUGCUUUGGACCUCUUUUUUGGCUCCGGAACUUGACCCUGAAUUUGCCUUGGAUUCCAAAGUCAUUUUUCAUGAGCUGUGGCGACUUCGUAAGGAGGUGGCUACUUGUCGUAGAGUGGCAGACUUUGAACCUUUGCAGUUUUCUGCUGUAGAACCAUGUGAACGCAACAGCCGUUUGUAUGAAGUAUUGCAAAAAUGGGGUUGGGAGCGACUCAGCAAGAGCCGUUUUCAAACUUCAAUAGGAGUACUUGAUUUGCUUUCCCACGGAGCAACUUGCGUUACAGCUGCUAUGAAAGCCGCUUGGAGGCAUCAGCUUUGGCUAAAAGAACCGCGUGCUGCAGAAAUUGCACACACGGAUGUGGAACCUGUCACAUCCGUGCAUGCUGCAUGGAUGAAGCAAGGCCCUGUACAUGAUCCCAUGUCCUUUUCCACUGCGUGUGCUGCUGGCCAUGCCGGCCGCAAAUUGGCCAAAAGGUUUGACCUUGAUCAUGUUUCUUGCGUUUGUGGGGAAUCAUGGCCUUCAUGCCGACAUGUCACAUGGCAUUGUCCUGAUACCAGCUUACCUGCACACAAUUCACCGCCUGCCAAUGGCGUUGAAGAAAGGUUGUUGGUUCGAAGUGUUGCCCCUGCACCCUGGCCUCCAGACAGGGUGCCAGAAGACAUGCUUCCUCCAGUUGAAGUUUGCAAUACCUUCGCCUCGCAAGAGGUACAAUUUGAUGGCAGAAUUUUGGUCGCCACGGAUGGUAGCUCUCAUUCUUGUCAUUCGCUGAAGCGAGCCGCUUGGGGCAUCGCAACAGAGAAUCAUGUUUUUGCUUUUCCAAUGAAAGGUUGUGAUCAGAAUAUUUUUGCUGCCGAGACCUGGGCAGUAUUUCAAGCUUUGAAUGCGGCGCAUGUCACUAGUAGAAAUGUGCGUAUCUUGUGUGACUCACAAGCUGUUGUUUGCACAGCAGAGCGGGUCCGGCGUGGUGGGUCACUGCCGCCCUGGGCUUCUGGCAUUUGGCAAGCCAUUGCUUUUCUCAGUCCUGGAAGUGAGAUUUCUUGGGUCCCAGCGCACGGCCGUUCCAAAGGCUGGGCGCCUCCAGCUGGGCAUUCAGCUGAUGUGUGGCGAAAUUACAAUGAUCGAGUUGAUGCGGCAGUUCAGGCUGCUGCCAAACCUGGAAUCGUUUCCUUGAGUGCUUGGGCUCGUGAAGUCCAAGAUGCCAUUGCAUGGAGUAGUUUUGCGCUUGCAAGACAGAAACAAGCUUUGCUCGACUUGCGGAGUCAUGUCGAGCCAUCAGCUUCUCGGUUGAAGGACUUGCAGCGUCCAUUUGAACUGAUUUGCAGUGAGGGUUCCUUGUCCCAGCCUGAGAAUGGUGGACACAAGGCUGUGAGCGCCAAGAUGCUGGAAACAACAUGCCAGGCCUUGUGGAACGUGUCCACUGCCAAGGCUGAAAGCUCAGUAGCCACGGACAAAUACCAGAUUUGGGGAGAAACGGCCAACGAAUCCAUCAGGGGUAUGAUACAGGGAGUGGGUGCCGAACGUUGGUUCAAUGUUUACAUAGAUGGCCAAGGGGCCGAUGCGUUGGGAGAAGCCUUCAGCGACUUUGAUCGCUACAUGAAGUCUCUACUCUCCACUACGGUGCUUCAGCUCCUGAUGGCUAGGGGCGACUAUGCAUCGGCGGCCACGUGCUGCCUUCAAGGAGCAGAUGUUAGUUCUGAGCAGCUGGCAGAGAUUUGCGGCAGUUUUGCUGCAGCAACUGAGAGAAGAGCAUGGCUGAACAGUAUGCUGCUGCAAGCAUCGAAUCCAUCCAUGGCCAAACUGCUUUUGGAGAAGGGUGCUGAUGCGAGGGCAGCCAGGCACGAUGGUGUCACACCGCUGAUGUAUGUUGCUCGCGGUGGCCAUGAGGCCAUGGCCCGGCUGUUGCUACAGCACGGUGCCGAUGUGACGGCAGCAAAGGACAAUGGUUCCACAGCAUUGAUGUCGGCUGCUCUAGGUGGCCAUGAGGCCGUGGCCCAGCUGCUGCUACAGCACGGUGCCGAUGUGGCAGCAGCAAGGGACAAUGGUGUCACAGCACUGAUGUGUGCUGCUCUAGGUGGCCAUGAGGCCGUGGCCCAUCUGUUGCUACAGCACGGUGCCGAUGUGGCGGCAGCAGAAGACAAUGGCGGCACAGCACUGAUGUGUGCUGCUGCAGGUGGCCAUGUGGCCGUGGCCCAGCUGCUGCUACAGCACGGUGCCGAUGUGGCAGCACCAAGCAACGAUGGUUCCACAGCAUUGAUGUUGGCUGCUCUAGGUGGCCAUGAGGCCGUGGCCCAGCUGCUGCUACAGCACGGUGCCGAUGUGGCGGCAGCAAAAGACGAUUGUCACACUGCAUUGAUGUGUGCUGCUCAGCUGUUGCUACAGCACGGUGCCGAUGUGGCGGCAGCAGAAGACGAUGGUUUCACAGCACUGGUGUAUGCUGCUCAAGGUGGCCAUGAGGCCGUGGCCAAGGUGCUGCUACAGCACGGUGCCGAUGUGGCGGCAGCAAGCAACGAUGGUUUCACAGCACUGAUGUUGGCUGCUCUAGGUGGCCAUGAGGCCAUGGCCCAGCUGCUGCUACAGCACUGUGCCGAUGUGGCGGCAGCAAAGGACAAUGGUUCCACAGCAUUGAUGUUGGCUGCUCUAGGUGGCCAUGAGGCCGUGGCCCAGCUGCUGCUACAGCACGGUGCCGAUGUGGCGGCAGCAAAGGACAAUGGUUCCACAGCAUUGAUGUUGGCUGCUCAAGAUGGCCAUGGGGCCGUGGUCCAGCUGUUGCUACAGCAUGGUGCCGAUGUGGCGGCAGCAAAGGACAAUGGUUCCACAGCACUGAUGUAUGCUGCUCAAGGUGGCCAUGAGGCCGUGGCCCAGCUGUUGCUACAGCACGGUGCCGAUGUGGCGGCAGCAAGCAACGAUGGUUCCACUGCAUUGAUGUGGGCUGCUGAAGGUGGCCAUGAGGCCGUGGCCGAGGGCAGCAACGAUGGUGUCACAGCACUGAUGAUUGCUAGGGCAAACCGUCAUGAGGCUGUGGCUAGGCUCCUCAGGGAGCAUGGUGGUGAUCAGAAUUGGUUUCGGCGCUGGCUUUUUGGAUAG